AAUUAAUAAAAAAGUACCGGUAUGCGUGAAAUAAUGCAUAACAGGUUUGAUACCACGAUCAUGCUUCCAUAGUUUACAGAAAAUAUCAAAACAAGGCCAUUGCGCAUGCGGAGAUCAUACCAAAAUGGUUUGACAGAAUGGCGGGAAAUGAUGACUAUGUCGUCUGAUGCGAUAUAUUUUUAUGGCAAAAAAUACCAAAAACUGAUCGGAUAUUGUGCAAUGGAAUAAUAAAUUACACGUUAGGUAUAUGAAUUCAUAAUUUAAAGUAUGAAAACGCUAAAGACUGCAGGGGAUUUGCGAUUCAUUUUGAAUUUUUCGUAAGAAGGCCAGUGUUUAUGAUGUAUAGGGAUGACGCAACCGGUGUUUAAAUGUAAUGAUCGAAUUUAAUUUUGCGUGGAAUACGUAACUUUUAAAUCCGUUAAUUCUUUAAGAUGUGAAAUUCCAUCUUUCAUCACUAAAGAAAACCAUUCGUCGUCUGCGAGAUUCGCAAAUGCGAAGUGCGCAAGAUUACCGGACGCGCAAGAUUAAUGGACUUAACUGUAUUUAGAAAGGGACGCGAAUCGGUAAAAGAUGAUGCUCGAAGUGGUAGGCCGGCGCUAGUUAAACAAACCAUGACGGACAAAGUUAGAGACUUUAUUAAAACAGAAAGGCGUUUAACGGUGCAACAUAUCGCAGAAGAGCUUGGAAUCGGCACUUCAACGGUUUACAGAAUACUAAUCGAGGAUUUCAAAAUGCGCAAGGUUAGUAAACUUCCAAAACUUCUCUCUGAUGAAGAACGAGUGGAACGCGUUAAGUGCUCAGAAGAGUUUUUGAGAAGAUACCGGAAAGAAGGAGAGCGCUUUUUGGACCAUAUCGUCACACUUGAUGAGACGUGGUUAUGGCAUUAUGAUCCGGAGACGAAAGCACAAUCCUCAGUGUGGAAAACAGCAGCAAGUCCUCCGCCGAAGAAAGCCCAGGUUAUGAAGUCCGGUGAUAAACAUAUGUUCAUCUUCUUCAUGGAUAGACGGAAUGCUGCUCAUCCACCAGGUGCCUGAUGGUCAGACGAUAAAUGCUACAUAUUAUCAAAAGGUUCUUCGCCGGGAUUUAAUGAAUGCUCUAAGGAAAAAGAGACCUACGAUUGAUGCCUCAGCCGUCAUACUACACCACGACAAUGCACCUGCACAUAGGGCCCAGUCAACAGUGCUUGAGAUAGAUGUGAUCGGGUUUCAGCGCAUAAGUCAACCUCCUUACAGCCCGGAUUUGGCCCCUAUGGACUUCCGCGUCUUCCCGGAAGUUAAAUCACAGUUGCGCGGUAUUCGCUUUGCAAGUAAACAUGAACUUACAGUUGCAGCACAGCGAUCCGUGUCGUCUUUUGACGCUGACUGGUAUAGAGACACUUUUGACAAGUGGAUUUCCCGACACAUAAAGUGCAUUCGCGUUGGAGGUGAUUAUGUGGAAAAGAUUUGACAGUUGUUAACCUCAUAACGUCAUUGACGUUGAACAGAAACGUUACACGUGCGUCGGUGUGCGCAUUGUGCACAUGUUUAAAUCUCUGAUAUAUAUUUAUUGUUUUAUGUAUUUCCAUGAUAUUUGGAGAGUAGAUUUUGAAAGGACGAAAUAUUCUUAGCAUACUAUUUGUUUAUCUAUUUAUGUUACCAAAUGAAAGUUAGAGGGAAAAUCCACAAACUGUUACAUGUUUUGUAAUUUUCUUUUAUAAUGAAUGUUUCUUGUUACUCUGCAAUCUCAUUAUCAUUAUACUCUUUCGCUUAUUUACAAUCUGUCGAAAUCGACAUCUUAUAUAACAAACAUGAGGAUUUAUAUUGAAAAUUGUAAAUAAACCAAAAUUAUUAAAAGAACAGAUUAGAUGUACCACGAGAUAUGGCCGUCAUACUUCAUCAUUUGUAUCAAGUUGUUAUUCCGUAUAUUAGACCAACGGAUUAAUUUCUUAUCCUCGCAUUUUUUUGUUUGUUCUUGCGCUAGUAUAUCAAAGAGAUCAAAAGAGCGCAAACCAACAAUCACGCGAACAUCAACAGCACAAAGCUUUAUGCUCUUUUAUUUUUCUUAGAUAUUCAUGCUAAACGUAACGUUCAUAUAAAUUACCGCAGAUCUGUCUCAAGGCUUUUUAAAACCAUGAAGAAUAAGACAGAUACAAAUCUACCAUGUGUGCACGGGAAUUCGUUAAACACUUUUAUUUAUUUUGGAUUUAAGCGUUAAAUGAAUUUGUUUUAAGGUGGUGCCCCUGGUGUAAUGAUUGUUGUAUGCUUAUUGUCUUUUUCUAUGUUUUCUUAUAGCAUUGUUUAAUUUUUAGUCGUUCCGAAAAAUAAUUUUAUUAAAACAAAUAAACCACCAGGACU